AUGAGUGGUGCUCCUCCACCACCACCACCCCCAUUACCUACUGCUAAAGAGGUGGUGAAUCACAGGCCCGAACCUGUGAAGGAGUUAUCGUCCCCUUCACCAUUUGACAAUUAUCCAAGACCAAAGAAGAAAAUGAAGCAGUUACAUUGGGAGAAAUUCGAUGAUGUUUCUUCCAACUCAUUCUGGAAAGAGAGUAAAACUGAUACGCUCGCUAGCGACUUGUUGUCGAAGGGUGUAUUUGAUGAGAUUGAAUUGAUCUUUGCAGCUAAGGAAAUCAAAAAGAUCGCUACCAAGAAUAAGGCUGAAAUUGAUAAGGUUUCCUUUUUAUCUAGAGAUAUCUCUCAGCAAUUUGGAAUCAAUCUUCAUGCAUUCAAUAGUGUAUCUGAUGAAGAAGUGGUAUCCAAAGUCCUUCGAUGCGACAAGGACGUUAUUACGAACAUAGCAGUUUUGGAAUUUUUUGGUAAGGAAGAGGUUGUUGAAGUGUCAAAUAACCUUGCUAGAAACUUGGAACCUUAUUCAACGGACUAUAAAUCAGAAAAUGUGUCAAAGCCUGAAAAGGAUCCAGGUGAGUUGCAGAGAGCAGACAGAAUCUACUUGGAAUUGAUGUACAAUUUACAACACUAUUGGAAGUCAAGAACGAGGGCUUUAAUGUUGAUGGCCAUUUACGAAAAAGACUACGAAGACUUAACCCAUAAAUUAAGGUCUAUUGAUGAAGCCGUUGACAGUAUCAAGCUGUCCAAGCAUUUGAAGGGCGUCUUUGAGAUCAUUUUGACAGUUGGAAACUACAUGAAUGAUUCCACCAAACAAGCUCAGGGGUUCAGAUUGAGCUCUUUACAAAGAUUAAGUUUCAUGAAGGAUGACAAGAACAGUAUGACGUUCUUACAUUAUGUUGAAAAAAUUAUCCGUACACAAUACCCCGAGCUUGCAGGCUUCAUAACCGAGUUGAAUAAGUGUCUUCAACUUGCAAAAUUUUCUAUCGAAGGUAUUCAAAAUGAUUGCAAAGAGUAUGUUGAAUCGAUCAAGAACGUUCAAAGCUCUAUAGAUAUUGGAAAUUUGAGUGAUGUGUCGAAAUUCCAUCCUCAAGAUAGAGUCUUGAAGGUUGUUAUUCCUGGUCUACCCAAAGCGAAGAGAAAGAGUGAAUUAUUAAAGGAUCAAUCUUACUACACGUUCAAGGAAUUUGACAAGUUAAUGAGAUACUUUGGAGAAGAUCCUUCAGAUCUGUUUGUCAGAAACUCGUUUAUGUCAAAGUUUGCAAACUUCAUAGCCGACUUCAAGAGAGCAGGUCAAGAGAAUCUCAAGCGUGAAGAGGAAUUGAAAUUAUACGAACAGCGUAAGAAGUUGCUCGAAGCUCAACAGAAGAAAACUCCAACCAAACCUAAGGAAGCAGACAGUAAUGAAGAUGAUGUUAUGGAUUCAUUGUUGGAGAAGUUGAAGGCUGCUGGUCCUUCUAAGGGAGAGCCAUCCUCUGCCAGAAAGAGAGCACUAAUGAGAAAACAUCUACUAGAGAACAGUCGAAAAACUCAAUCGAGACCUGAUCUUAGUUCUUCACAAGAUGAUCUACUCUCGCCUAUUCAAUCAAGCUUUCCAGAAGAAGAUUUGGAGGUCAAGGAUGAAGAAGAAGAACAGGAAAAUGAUGGUACUAAUGGUGAUGUUAUUGGAAGCAGAGCAAGAAACCUAUUGCAAGAGCUUAGAGGUGCUGGAGAAGCUGAAACACCCACUAGACAAUCGGCUGCUUCCAGGUACAGACAAGAGAGGUUGAAGAAGAGAUCAACUUUUGAUGAUGAUCUAGGCUCCAAAGAAGCCAGUCCCCUGAAACUGUCUCCAGAAGAAUAUUGACCCUAGCAUUACAUAGCAUUUUAAUACCUUUUAUAUUUAUUAAGGCAUUUCUUAUUAUUAAGUACUUCGAAUCCCAGACUAUAAUGAAAUAUACGAAUGACAUACCUUAGAAAUCUCAGUCAAAUCAUAGUCCACCAACCCUUGCUUAUUGUCCUUAUUUCUAAAAUACGAUUUGUUGAUUGACUUAAAUCCUUUCCCCGAAACUUUAUCUGUGAAUGCAGUAUCCCAUUUAUCAGUAGAAAGUUUUAAAUCACCAUUACCAUUUCGUUGCAACGGAAUUAUCUGGCUUAGCUUCUGGAACUGUUCGCUAUUGAUAUUUAUCUGCUUGAAAAGGGUAACCUCUCCAUCAACUGUUAUAGAAAUAACGUCCUUCGAAUUUACAGCAUCAUUAUCCCAAUACAACCCAAAGUUCCCUAUGAACACUCGUGGGACUCCAGAAGUCUUGAAUCUGGCACCAGGAACCAAAGUCUUAUUGUUCUUAUCCAUUAUGAUGACACUUGAGUGAACUUUGUCACCAACAACAAUCUUUGAGUCCCAGACGGCGUGAUUAGAAAUAGACUUGGGGGAAGGAUCACGAGCAUAAAGCUGAAGGGUCUCCUUUCGAGCAGCAUCGAUAUCAAAUUCAAAUUGAAACACUGAAUCAAGUUUAGUAGUCACGCUAAUGAUCUUUUCAGUACUUACCGAAAUCGAUAUAAUAUCGCUGGUGAGUGAAACUAGUGAAGAAACAGGAUUUAGUCUUUUCCCCUCGAUAUUGUAAGAAGUUGAGUACAUAGACUUCCCACUGGCAAAUAGUAUGUGGUCAUCAACUUGUUCAAUCCACACAAUUGGCUCGGGAUGAUCAAAGCAGUUCAACUGGGAUACUUUUACUAACGUCUUAUUGUCGUGGUCAGUAACUUUUCCAACAUCGACAAUCUUAAACCUCCCUGUUCCAGCUAGAGUUGAACAUCCAAUUAAGAGUUUCUUGGAUAUUCUUCCUAGCUUAUCCAAUGACCAUAUUUUACAGCAAAUAGGGGUUUCA